CAAAGUAAAAAAUGUGCAUGUGUUUAAACUAAUAAUAAUAAUAAGUAAAUAGUGAGUUAUAGAAUUAUGGUUUAAAGGUUUCUACUAUAUUAAAAUAUUUUGUUCAAAGUCAAAAAUGUGGAUGUGUUUAACUAAUAAUAAUAAUAAAUAAAAAGAUCUAAAAAGUGUCAAUGUGUUUUAACAGUAAUGUCAAACAUGAAAAUAUUUCAGAUUAUCAAUGUGAGAAACCAUUAUGUAAUACACAGUUGUUUGGCAAUAUCUUUAGUUACUGUAACAGUUUGGAUGACAAAAAUUCUAAGAAAAAAAAAAAAAAGAAGUCACAAUGCUCAACAAUGUGUCAACAAUAAAAUAAUUUCAAUUCCAUUAGUUAUUAUAACAGGCUGUGAUACAGGUCUUGGAUAUUCAAUUGUUAUGAGAUAUUUAAAAGGCGAACAUUUGAAUAAAAAUCAAAAUAACAGUAAAAUAUAUAAUAUGCUAUUUUCCAAUAACAAAGCACUAUUAGUCCCAAAUAAGAUUGCGAUAAUUGCAUUUUGUUUGAAUACUAAUAGUCCAGGUGCUAAAUGCUUAGUUCAACUUUCCCUUGAAAAUAAUAAUAUUCAAUUGUUCGUUAGACAAUUAAAUUUAACUGAUAAUGAUUCUAUUAAGACUGGUGUCACUUUUGUUACUGAUCUACUUCAACAAAAUGUUGAUAUAAUUGACCAAAACAAUGAAACAGUUGUUUCAAAAUAUGAACUACAUGCAUUGGUCAACAACGCAGCGCGUAUGGUGAUGGCGGAAUAUGAAUGGCAAACUUCAAAAAUGAUAAAAGAGCAAUUUGAAGUUAAUAUUUUAGGUCCAAUUAAGUUAACUGCUAUGUUAUUGCCUGCAUUUCGCAAAGAUAAAAGUCGUGUGAUAAAUGUAAUUAGUCAUUGUGCAUAUCUCCCACUUCCCGGAGUAUCUAUUUAUGGUGCUACAAAAGCAGCCGUGCGUGCAUGGACACUUGGAACAAGAGUUGAACUUGAUAUUCAUGGCAUAAAAAUGAUCACAUUUUCACCAGGAUCUUUUUAUCUUCAUUCCUCCAUUAUGAAUGGUGAACAAAGAAUGAUUGAUUAUAAAGAAAUGUGCAAUAAUAUGAAUAAGGAGCAAUUAGCAUAUUAUGGUGCUUUUAUGGAUACCUAUCAAAAUUACUUGGGUAAUAUUGAUGUAUACAUUAGUCCUCCAGAAACAACCAUUCCAAGCACUAAUAAAAUAUACUGUCAAAUGGAUAAUGCACUAUGGGCAGUCGAACCCAAAUCUGAGUAUAAUGUACCUGAACCUUGGCGAUAUAGAAUCUAUUUUGCUGUAGCUUGGACUCUAUCAUCAUUAGGCUUACAUUAUUUUAAAGAUAAGGUUGUACGUAAAUUUGUGGCUACACCACAGUUUCGUAAUAAUUUUGCAAGUCAAGUUGAAAAUAUCUAAUAAACAGGAUUUUGAACUUAUGAAAUGUGCAUUUCUAUACUGAAUUUGAUAAAACAUGACAAAGUAUAAAUGUAAAAUGUUUCAAAAUAGUUCAGUGAGUUCAAAUAUGAAAUUGUAUUUUGUUUAUUUAUACCUAUUUUUA